UUAAAAUGUGGUACUACCAUACAGUGAAGGGGGAGGGUGUAUAGUCCUAAGAGACAUCAAAAAGCAAAAUUGUUUGACUUUUCUUGGCGACUUGUCAACAUCCCUGAGAAGAUUUAGGUAAUAAAAUGAUGCUGAAAGCAGACACGAUAUGCUUUGGAAAGGACGUAAAAAUAUAAAGGACAUGUUUGGGCUAUGCGAGGGGCUGACUUUUCUUGCAGUGGCAGUGCUACACUCUCACAUGACCUGCAGGUGUAAGGCAUCAGAGAGCAGCCGGUCUGUCACACCAGCCGAGCAACACCAAGGGCUAACUAGACCUCCGGACCACAGCAUCCCCAGCUAGCCUCUCUUAACCAGGACCCUGCUUCUUAUUCUCGCCAUGUUUGUCUACCUCAGGCAUGGAGACAAUGAGCAGUUCCUUGUCAACACAAACUGCCCUGUCAUCCUUCUGCUGGAGCACAUCAAAGCCAAACUGGAGCUGUCCAAGACCGAUCUGGUGGAUCUUUGCGAUGAGGGCGGGGCUCUGAAGCUCCUCUUCCUGUCUCGGCGGCUGGAGGACUGCGCCCGCCCGCAGCUGCCCCCCCGCUGCUCCUUCACCGUGUGCUCCGUCAACCGGAGAGCGAUGGACGGUGCAUAUGUCUCUAUCUCUCCUCUCCUGGCCAACCCUGACCCUGCACUGCUGGAGACUCUGCAGACUCAGACAGACAGUCUGGAGAAGGCUCGACUGAUACAGCUCCGCUCCCAGGAAGUUGACCGGUUCCAGAAAACUGUUAAGAGCAAGAGACGUGACCGAGCUGUGCGUCUGAAUGCUGCUGAGGUAAAACCACUUCCUCAAACAGGGCGGAGGAAUAGAAGAAACUGAGAGCCCACACACACACACACACAAACUCUCACACACACACACACACACACACACACACACAGACUCACACACACACACACACACACACACACACACACACACACACACAGAUACAGACUGUGACCAUAACAAAACUGUGCUCUUUCUAAACGGAUGCAUAUUGUUCUUCAAAUAGCAAAGUGGAAGUGACUGUUCCCAUGUCUGAAAAAUGUAAGCCAGGCCUGGGUAGAUGAUUUAUUUGUAAUUCUUUCACUCUUUAGAUACUGGUAAAAUUUGUGAACAUUUUUGAAUGUACAAUGAGACAUGUGACUCAUUAAACCAUGCAGUCACAUGAAAGAAUGUAUUAAUGUUGCUGAAGUCUAUUUUAAAAUGAUAAACAGCCUGCAACUUUAAUGGUGUCUAAAGAUUUAAAGUGUUUCAGAUGAAGUAUUUGAACUAAUUUUGAUACUAACCACACAUACAAACACACACACAAAUCCAGGCAAAGAACAUGUAAAUAAAGAAACAUACUUGCAUUUCAC